CUCGCGGGCUCGCUGCCUGCCGUGCUUGCUCGGAUGCGUCUGCGACAUGCCUGAGAAGAGACGAGAUGGGCCAGGGCGACGAGAGCGACCGCAUUGUGAUCAACGUGGGAGGGACUAGGCACCAGACUUACCGCAGCACCCUCCGCACCCUGCCCGGCACUCGGCUGGCCUGGAUCGCCGAGCCCGAUGCCCACAGCCACUUCGACUAUGACCCCCGCACGGAUGAGUUUUUCUUCGACCGCCACCCGGGCGUCUUCGCCCACAUCCUGAAUUACUACCGCACGGGCAAGCUGCACUGCCCCGCCGACGUGUGCGGGCCCCUGUACGAGGAGGAGCUGGCCUUCUGGGGCAUCGAUGAGACCGACGUGGAGCCCUGCUGCUGGAUGACCUACCGGCAGCACCGCGACGCCGAAGAGGCCCUGGACAGCUUCGGCGGGGCGCCCCUGGAUAGCAGCGCCGAGGACGGCGACGUCGAUGGCACCGGAGACUCCGGUGACGGGGAAGAGGAGCUGGAGAUGACAAAACGCCUGGCGCUCAGCGACUCCCCCGAUGGCAGGUCCGGGGGCUUCUGGCGGCGGUGGCAGCCCCGCAUCUGGGCGCUCUUCGAGGACCCCUACUCCUCCAGAUAUGCAAGGUAUGUGGCAUUUGCCUCCCUCUUCUUCAUUCUGGUCUCCAUCACCACCUUCUGCCUCGAGACCCACGAGAGAUUUAACCCCAUUGUGAACAAGACAGAAACUGUUCAUCGGAAUGACACCCAGGUGCGGCACUACAGGGAAGCAGAGACUGAAGCCUUUCUCACCUACAUCGAAGGUGUCUGUGUGGUCUGGUUUACAUUUGAGUUCUUGAUGAGAGUCACUUUCUGCCCAAACAAGGUGGAAUUUAUCAAAAACUCUUUGAACAUCAUUGACUUUGUGGCCAUACUGCCUUUCUAUCUAGAGGUUGGACUCAGUGGCCUGUCUUCCAAAGCUGCUAAGGAUGUCCUGGGCUUCCUCCGCGUAGUCCGUUUCGUGCGAAUCCUGCGAAUUUUCAAGCUGACCCGCCACUUUGUUGGGUUGCGGGUCUUGGGACACACCCUCCGUGCCAGCACAAAUGAAUUCUUGCUGCUCAUCAUAUUUUUGGCAUUGGGCGUCUUAAUCUUUGCCACGAUGAUCUAUUAUGCCGAGAGAAUAGGUGCUAAACCAAAUGACCCUAGUGCCAGUGAACACACACACUUUAAAAAUAUCCCCAUCGGCUUCUGGUGGGCUGUUGUCACCAUGACGACCCUGGGCUACGGAGACAUGUAUCCUCAGACUUGGUCAGGCAUGCUGGUGGGGGCCCUCUGUGCUCUCGCUGGCGUGCUGACCAUUGCCAUGCCUGUCCCUGUCAUUGUGAACAAUUUCGGAAUGUAUUACUCCUUAGCUAUGGCUAAGCAGAAGCUACCAAAGAAAAAAAAGAAGCAUAUCCCGAGGCCACCCCAGCUGGGAUCCCCCAAUUAUUGUAAAUCUGUCGUAAACUCUCCACACCACAGUACUCAGAGCGACACUUGCCCACUGGCCCAAGAAGAAAUUUUAGAAAUUAACAGAGCAGAUUCGAAACUGAAUGGUGAGGUGGCCAAGGCGGCGCUGGCAAACGAAGACUGUCCCCACAUAGACCAGGCUAUUACGCCUGAUGAGGGCCUGCCCUUUACCCGCUCUGGCACUCGGGAGAGAUAUGGACCCUGCUUCCUCUUAUCAACCGGGGAAUAUCCCUGCCCGCCUGAUGGAGGAAUAAGAAAGGAUCUUUGCAAAGAAAGUCCAGUCAUUGCUAAAUAUAUGCCAACAGAGGCAGUCAGAGUGACCUGA